GUAAAAUCACAUGACGCACAAAAACAGGAAACCGGAAGUGAUUUCCCCAAACCUUAGCUCUAUAACGCAAAUGUAAGGAUGUCAUCAGCAAUGGAAAGGACAGAUGAUCUUGUACGGGAAUAUUUGAUAUAUCGAGGAUUUACAAGCACUCUCAAACAUCUAGACACUGAAAUCAAAUCAGACAAAGAGAAAGGAUUUAGAGUGGAUAAAAUAAUCGAGCAGCUUCAGCAGUUCAUUCAGAGCUAUGACCUUGCUGGACUCAAAGAAUAUUGGAGCUACCUGGAUCACAGACUCUUCAGUCGUUUGGAGGAUGUUUACAGACCCACUGUUAAUAAACUAAGGACAAGCCUCUUUCGGUACUACCUUGUGUACACUGUUCAGACAAAGAAUCUUGAGAAGAUUCAAGAGUUUUUCCAGAAGCAGGCUCUUGAACUUCAGGGCCAGGUAGAAUGGCGUGAUUGGUUCAUCCUGCCAUUUAUUUCGACACCGGAACAAAAUCCGAUCUUCUCUCCAUAUUUUUCCCGCCAGUGGGCCGAUACCUUCCUCGUUUCCCUCCACAACUUCCUCAGUGUUCUUUUCCGGUGUAUGCCUCAGCCCGUGCUUCUGAGUUUUGAUGCUGAAGUUCAGAGAAACAACAGAAUCCAGGAGGAGAACGAACAACUGCGGCAAAUGUUAUUUGCACUUCAAGGACAAUCGAGGCCCAAAAAAGCAGAAGAGAUGAUGCAUCACAAACUCCCUGCUUACGUUCAGCACAUGGACCGACUCGGAGACACAGAGCUGGAUUUGGUGUCGAGCCAGCGUGUCGUAAACCCCAGCACUCCUUCAAGGAAUUUCUUCUCCUUUUUGCCUCAGGGCAGAAGAGCCCCGGUGCGAACACCUCAGGGCGCAACAAGCUCCUCCCCAACACAGGCUGCCCUCGGGAGGAAGGAAACCCCGGCCAAUCAGUUAGGGAAGAUGAAGGACCCUACACCCUUAAAAGAUUCCAAGAUGGCAUCCGUUGUCGUUCCCCCGACAGACACAGGUGUAAGGCAAAAGAGGCAGAUGGAUCAUGAGAAAGAGAGAAAAGAGCUUUUCUCCAAACAAGCAGCACAGAAUUCUGAAAAGAAAGGUGAGAUUUCUGAGGCUGGGGGUCAAAUCGAAUGCCAGUGUGACGUGACAGACUCGCCAACCUAUCAGACACAGACUUGCACUGAAGGGGGCAGGGCCGUGGCUGAGCAACCUUUCAUCAAACUAAGUCAGGAAGAGUAUGGUGAACAUCAUUCUUCCAUCAUGCACUGCAGGGUAGACAGUUCGGGUAGAAAGGUGGCGAGUCUGGAUGUGGAUGGCGUAGUGAAAGUUUGGUCCUUCAACCCCAUUAUGCAGACAAAAGCCACAAUUAUGUCCAAAUCUCCUCUGCUUUCACUGGAAUGGGCUACAAAACCAGACAGACUGCUGUUGUUGGGCAGUGGGGUUGGCACCGUGAGGCUGUAUGAUACUGAAGCCAAGAAAAAUCUGUAUGAAAUGUCUAUAGGUGAAGCUCAUCCACGGAUACUAUCACUGGCCUGCAGUCCCAGUGGAACAUCGUUUGUGUGUUCAGCAGCAGCUCCUGUGGCUCGUUCAGGUGGCAUGUCAGAAACAACGCCGCGUCUGAUGCAAUCUGUCCCCGGACAACUUCUGCUCUGGGACACCAAGACUGUCAAACAACAGCUGCAGUUUGCACUGGAGCCGGGGCCUGUCGCUGUAAACUGUAUUGCGUUCAACCACAAUGGGAAUCUUCUGGUAACUGGAGCUGCUGAUGGCAUCAUACGGCUGUUCGACAUGCAGAGGUAUGAAAGUGUUAUGAGUUGGAAGGCUCAUGAUGGUGAAGUGUAUAGUGUUGAGUUCAGCUAUGAUGAAAACACUGUGUUCAGCAUUGGAAUGGACGGCAAGUUCAUCCAGUGGAAUAUUCACCGCUCUGGAGUGAAACAGUCAGAGUACUCGUUAUCUCAGGAUGCCGUGGGACCGUUUGUGUUGUCCGGUUACAGUGGAUAUAAGCAGGUCCAGGUGCCACAUGGGAGACUUUUUGCGUUCGAUUCAGAGGGACAGCAUGUACUCACCUGCUCCAGUUAUGGAGGACUUAUCUAUCGGCUGAAUAAGGGGGGCGCAGGUCUGGAGAGUGUGUUGUCUUUGGGGGGCCAUAAAGCGCCGGUGGUAACGGUGGACUGGUGUUCAGCUGUGGACUGUGGAACCUGCCUUACAGCAUCAAUGGAUGGCAAAAUCAAACUGAGCACACUCCUCGCACAGAAACCAUGACAAGAAAAAGUGCUUAUAAUGUACAUUCUAAUGAUCAUUUUUAUUAGCACCUUCUUCUGUUUUCGUCAGCUUCCCAUCGUAGCUUGGGUAAAGACAACCGAUCCUAGUCUACUUAUUUUUACUUUUAUUACUGUUACAUUUCAGUUCUCUAUACUAAAGAAUUAUAUAUUAUAUUAUACUAUAUUAAAGAAUUGCCUUUGUCUAUGAAAAAUGCUAAAAUAAAAAGUGCUUGUUGAUACCCAAA